AUGAUCUGUUCCGAGGGCGGGCAGGGCCCGCUGGUGGAGGAGGAGGCCCGCCUCUUCCGCAUGCGCGAGCAGUAUGAGGGCGAGGCGGCGGAGAGCCUGGCCAAGGCGCGCAGCGCACUGGAGGAGGAGACGCGCACGCAGCAGCGCUCCUCCUCCCUCCUCUGCGCCACGCCCUUUGGCGUGGACGUGGUGGGCAUCACCGAGGCGGUGGCCAUCACAGGCGCGCUGGUGGGCGGCGUCUCCGCGCGGCGGCGUAAGCUGGAGCUCGAGAAGCUGAACGAGCGCCUGCGCACCAUCAACCAACAGCUGCGGCAGCAGGCGCGAGCGGGGGUAAUGUAUGCGCCGGGGCUCACCUAUGCCCCCCCCGCCGGCGGCCGGACCGACAACGGGGCGGGGGCUGCGCAGGGGGCCGUGGCGCUGCCCGGCGCGAGCAACUUGACCCUGGUGCCCCCCAUGCCCGUGCCCAUGCCGGGCACGGCGGAGGGGGCGGACCCGCCGGGUGACUGGGGCGGGGUGUCGGGCGGCGGGGGAAGCCCCGCCCUGGGUGGCAUGGGCCUCUCCGUCCUGUCCAUGGACGACGAGGAGGGGCCCAGCCCCGAGUCGGUGCACUGCCAGCAGGCACUGAAGGAGGGCAAGCGCCUGCUCAAAAACGGGUCGGCCGGCGCUGCCAUGGUGCGCUUCGAGAAGGCGCACAUGCUGGCGCGCAGCCUGGGCGACCGCGUGAAGGAGCGGCGCGCGGUGCGUGGCCUGGCGGCGGCCUCGCGCCUGGCGGGCCAGCCGCGGCAAGCCGUCAAGCACCUCCUGCGGGUGCUGGAGAUCUCGCGCGACAUGGGCGACUUUGUGGGCGACGCCGACGCCUACGGCACCAUCGCCGACAUCUACACCGACAUUGGCGAGUUCGAGCACGCGGCCGAGUACUACGACAAGUACAUCGCGCGCAUGGAUAACACCGGCAGCCCUGUGUGA